UGACACGUCUCUCAUUAGCGCACAUUAAUCAUUAUUAUACUGGUGUCAGAAUGGACCGUGUCAGGAAGGACUCCUCCGCUGAUUAUUCUCCUAAUACGAUUUGCUUGUCUGGCUCCAGACUCCCUGAGGCCACAGAUCCUCCGUGUGCCGGUGGCGGAGAAGGAGAAGUUUCCAAGUCCAGAAGGGUUACUCUGGCUCUUGGUAUCGGCCUCGGCCUGCUUUUCACCCUUAAGGCUCUUGCUGCAGUGAUACACCUCUAUACCAAUGAACAAGCAAAGCUUCAUCUGAUGGAAAAACUGCACAGGAAUCUGUCAGCAACCUUGAAUACCACCGAUACCAAUGAACAAGCAAAGCUUCAUCUGAUGGAAAAACUGCACAGGAAUCUGUCAGCAACCUUGAAUACCACCGAUUUAAUUGCAGGGGUAGAGGAACUGCUUGUCAAGCACAAACAUUUGUUGACCCUCCAGAUGUCUUCUGAUGAUACCAAUGAACAAGCAAAGCUUCAUCUGAUGGAAAAACUGCACAGGAAUCUGUCAGCAACCUUGAAUACCACCGAUUUAAUUGCAGGGGUAGAGGAACUGCUUGUCAAGCACAAACAUUUGUUGACCCUCCAGAUGUCUUCUGAUGCCACCUCUGGUUGUAGGGUCUGUCCUGAUGGGUGGGCUCACAACAGUGGGAAGUGCUACCUCUUCUCCUCCACUAGGAAGACCUGGAGUCAGAGUCGAGAUCACUGCAUCACAUUAGGGGGGCAUCUGGCCAUUGUGAACAGUCAAGAGGAACAGAAUUUUCUAUCCCAAAGUGCCAUUGAGGUUUUCUACUGGAUGGGACUGAGUGAUCUGGAGACAGAGGGACAGUGGAUUUGGGUGGACAGCACACCUCUCAGUGAGACUGGAGCCGUAUUCUGGGGUAAAAGGUCUGAUGGACAGGAUGAACCAGAUAACUGGAAGGAGGAAGACCCUUCUGGGGAGAACUGUGCCCUUUUCACCAAAUUUGGAUACUGGCUUGACAACUCCUGCAAGAAGCGGCAUACAUUUGUUUGCGAGACAGUAGCCACCGAUUAGACUGGAUUAGAUUGAAUAUUCAGCUGCUAGAUAUGGAGGCUUUUAAAAAAAAUUCUUCAUUAAAUUUAAAUUUUGUUAUUGCUUCACUAUGGUUGUAGGAACCACUUUCCAGACCAACAAAGGUUUAUGUGUGUUCUUCUUUCUGUGCUUUGCUGAAAUGCAAUAUUUUAUUAAAGGACCCUAUCUUGAUGAAUGGAAUUAAUCCGACUCCACUCAAUAUAGGAACUCAGCCUUAGUCCCUGUUCUUUUAAUGCUAUUUCUUGAAAUAUAUCUGAGUUCUUGGCCAGGACUAUUUUUUACAACAUUUUUUCCUUCAUUCAAUAUAGAUCAUAGAUUGUUUAUUUAGGUUUAUCUGUCACCCAUAACGACAUUGCAGUUGCCGAUGGUGAUUGGUGAUUUUGCACCUUUGACCAAAGCCCACACACAUGAGGUUGCACUGGGUUAAGAUCGGAUCAUUUAAUUUAGAAAAAAACUGGACUGCAUGAGUGAUAGAGAAAUUUAAUGAGCACAUUGUUAUUGUAUUUUAAUCUGCUUGCUUAUCCUGUGUGCUGAGGCCUACAGGAGGCCUACCCUCUUGCAUGAGCAGACCACCUGUUUUUGUACUGAUAGUCAUGCAUACCGCUCUUCUCUCAAGGACAUAUUCUGAGAUCACUGCUGUAACUUCUGUAGCGAUGGGAUGGGAGAAUACUGCCCUUUGUUUGUCAUGAAACCUGUUUUUUAUGCUCACAUAUAGGCUGGCUGCGUCCAGCUUUUCUUUGGAGUUUGUUCAUGAUAUUUGGUUGUGACACUCUCCCUCUUUUGCAAAAGAUAAAGCGCUGAAAUUCUGA